GUUGAGCCUACAGACUGUGGAGGAAAACUGGAUCAGCUCGGACGCACAUUCGCAGGGGAACAAAGCAGAAACGGCACAGAUCGUCGGCGAAAUGAUUGACAACGAACCAAGAGUGGCUGCUGCCUCUUCCCAACCUUCUAAAAAGGAAUGCUCCGCACUGUUCGGCCAGGACUUCGACAAUCACGAUUUCAAAGAUGAAGACUACAAAAAAAAUGCCGGGCCGGGGCGCUUGGAGAACUGGAACAAUUUGGCAACCGCUCGUUCGCUAUAUGGAGGGCACAAGGCUUUGAUGCGAAGAGGGUUCUGGGGGGCUGUGCAGUGCCUGCGCAGGAGAUUCGCGAU